GAUGUUCACUUGGCAUGCUAUAUAUAUUUACAGGUAACAGUUGAAAGGGACCGUGACUUUUACCUGGAAAUUAGGAGCGGUGGGGAAGAUGAAUCGAGGAAGAGCGGCCAUGCUUUGUAUGGUUUUGGCACUCGUUGCCCUGCCAACCGUUCCAGGGUUGAUGACACCGAUCCCAACACCCAAGGCAUUACAAGAGUGUUUCAUGUACAAGUCCAUUAAUGUCAGUAUGUCAGAUACACCAGGCCAGUUCAUCCAAAACUACUGCUUUACCAAACUAGCCUUAAAUAUGGAUGAACCUAGGUUCACACAUAACAUCACAAAAGAUGGCGUUAGGUACCUGGAAUCCCUUUUCAGACAACUCGAUGGAGAAAUUCACGAGAUUAAAAAGAACCAUGAGAAACCGAGGAGCAAAAGACAGGUUAUCCAAACAUGGAGAAUUCGGCAGGAAGUCAGGACAUUAUCAAGAGCGCAGUUACUGAGACUCACCAGCUGUUUUACCAGAUUAAAGAAUGAUUAUUCCAUUGAUUCAAGUAUGAGUACCUACGAUUUGAUUGGUUCUUUGCACACUGGAAGAGCAGCUGAAAACAUGCACGGUGGUCCUGGUUUCUUUCCAAGACAUGCUCUUAUGAUGUUAAUUAUGGAAACAGCCUGUCGUACCCCUUUGGCUUACUGGGAUAUGACAAUGGAUGCCGAUAUGAACGAUCCCACAAACUCAAUCAUUUGGUCUCCUCUGUUCUUUGGGAGCGGCAAUGGUGCCGUCAGAGACGGUCCAUUUGGUCAAUGGAGAACAAUUAUCGGGACGCCCAUCAUCCGAAAUAUCGGAUCAGCUGGUGAAUCUUUGGCCAGAAAACAGGGAAUCCGUGCAAUGUUGAGCAGAAGGAGACUAGCUGAAAUUUCAGAGCCAAGCAGAGGACUAUCUGUCUUUUCUGUCGAGGUUCAUCACAAUGGUGUACACAACUGGGUAGAUGGACAUAUGGCUCGCCUCAAUACUGCUUGGUUUGAUCCUCUCUUCUACUUCAUCCAUUCAUUUUUUACUCUUAUAUGGAUAGCCUUUAAAGGUCUUCAAAGAACAAGGGGGGUAGAUCCACAGAGGGAUUACCCCAUGGGUCAUGAUGUGCCAAAUGGUCACGAAUUCUUCCAAAGAGCAGAUUUCAGACCUUUCCUCCGCCCAAUUUCAAACUUAGAAGCUUUGUCAGACACCUACGAUAGAAUGGUCACCUAUAGACCGAUGCCUAGAUGUCCCAAUUGCGAUGGAAGUCCUUAUCUGAUUUGCAGGAAUCAAGUGUGUGUUUCCAGAUCCAUCGCACCAAGGACAAGAUCGAACUUCUUUUGGAUGUCCAGGAAGAAGCGAAGUGUUGAUCAACAACAAGGCACAGUUUAUGGCCCAAAACUUCCUCCAACAGCUUCGAGUCCAUCGGAGCCUACAACUCGUCCACAAUCAUUGACCGAUGAAAAUGUCGAUAAUAAAACAUUGAACGUUCUUCAGUCUAGUGAAACAGCCCUCUCCACGCUGGACCAGGCUUAUCAAAAUACAUUUAUCAUAGAUGGACGAGUGGAUAUGACCAACUGGGCAUGGUUAAAUAUCAAAGUUCUUUUUGAACGACCAAAGGGAUUCAACUUCCAUGCCACUUUUCCUGGGCAAAACGGUACCAAGGAUAUGUAUGAUAUAGAAAACUUCCGACAAAUUGCCGAUGAAAUCGGGAUCCAUAAUCAAGUUGAAUACAAGAAAACAUGUAGUUCCUCUGGCUCAGGUGCUGCCAAGGUUUAUGUUCAGUCAGACGGUUUAAACUAUGCUGGGAGAUACAAGGAUUACGCUAUCAUUGAUGAGAGACAACCCAUUUACUCAUCCGUCAGUUACAUCGCCAUUAAAAAACCAACUGAGGAAAAACCAACAAAAGUUAUUUUGACAGCCUUCGACACUUGUGGGCGAUCUUGCCACGUUGCUUGUCCUGUCCCGGGUACUAAUGGAAAGGACUACGAGCCGUGCUCAGGAACCUUCGAGGUAACCACGGAGUUUCCAUUUAUGUUCAGCUCCACGUACGCCAGCGCCGUUGCCGCAGCAUUUAGCGUCCACAUAGAUAAAGGCCCACUGUUCGGGGUUGGUAAUAUCCCUAUAACAUUUGUCUGUGAUCAUCAAAAUAAGUGGCCAUGGGAGUAAAUGAUACUAAACCCUUAUAUCAUAAAGUAAAUUAUUUGGAAUUGGUA